CCAAUCCUUGCAGUCCUACCAGACCAAACACUCUUGGCCUAUUAGACAUAUCAAAUGAUUUUGAUCAAUAUCAUCACAGAAAGUCUCACCGCACUGAAGACACCACAUCUAUGAUAGCCAAUUUUAGCCCUGCCUCUUUAUCAGAAAGGAAUGGAAUAUUGGGUCACCAGGAAGUACUCACAACACCACUAGAAAAUGAAAAUGAAACUGAAACUACGGAGGUGUCUCAGGAUUUUGAACUAGUUUCACUUCCAAGUGUACACAUUUCAGCACAAAGUGAAUCAACAGUUCCUACACAUUCUGCUAAAAGCAGUAUUACUGUACAGACUACUCUGACCCCACUCAGUCCUAGUACUGAUUCUGAACCCAUAUCUCCAGGGGGAACACCUUUACGCGGAAUUAGGAGACAGAGACACGAUUCUAGAAGUAAAGGACAUGUACACUUCAAUGAGGAAAUUCCAACAGAUGAAAAGGAUGUUGUAGCUAAAGUAGACCAACAUACACUUACUGUAGAACAGCCUUCAGAGACUUCAGUAUUGGCAAGUGAUUCUUGGAGUGAUUUAGAGGUUUUAACAAGACCAAGAGGUGGUAGUUUAAGAUAUCCUUCCUCUAAAAGUGCCAUUGACUGUUCACAGAAAGACACUUCUGUUAAGCCAGAGGUAUCUAGUUUUCCUAGAAACUUUAGUGUAGAUAUAUCAGAUCUUUCUAGUGUAUCUGGGAUUAUCGACUUGCCUGAGAGUGAAUUUUUCAGUGUUGAGCACGUUGGAGAACCCAGUGCUAAAUCGUUUGAAGAAAUUGAAAAAGAAAUGGAAGAUUUAAAAAAGGACAUGGAAGAAAUGGACUACAGUUUUUGUCAGCUAUCUGGUGAUAGGGAAGAGGGCUUUCUUAGAAGAGAGCCAUCUAAACCUAUGGCACUUGCUCUGGAAUUUUUAACCAAGUUCAGGUCUAGACACAUCAGGUAUGGAAGCGUGCCUCUGGAAGAGAGGGAGUAUGUGGAAGCAGAUACAAAAUCUCUCAGUGACACAACAAACUCUCCCAAUCAUGCAGCAUUUCAGUGGGAUAACAUUUCAUUUAAAGAAAUAGACACAAGUGCUUUACAAACAGUGCGGAGGCUGUUACAGGAAUCUCCAUUGAAUAAACCCAACAAAUGCAGUGACCCAGAGUCAGCUGACUCCACAGUUGAUGAGGUAUUAGAAGUAGGUCAGGGUCAUGCCAAGCUUGUCAAUACAGGAGUUACAUUUGGAUUGAAUGAGUUGGCAUCAGACAGUGAACAUGAAGACAGUGAUAUUGAUACAGACUUCUUAUUACAUGGAUCAUCCUAUGAUGUAGACACAAGCAGAAUGGAAGAUCCUGCUUCUCUAAUAACUCAGAGAGGUCAUUUAAAAAUCCAGACAGAUGGCUGCAGCUCUGAUAGUGACAGUGAGAAACGGGACCCUCAGAAAAAUAUCUCAGAUGAUGAUGAAAAUUGUGGUGAAAGAUCUCAUAGACUGGCUGACAUUAUAAACACACCUUGGGAUAGUAAUAUGCAUGACAGGAACAGACAUUUUAGUAACCAUGGCACCCUUCCUGAUGAGAGUACAGAUAUUUUGUCAUGUAGUCCUAAUGCAAAAGACCAGGAAAUACAUACUGUAGAGCAAAAUAAUGAUUUCGCUGAAAGCUUGCGUGGAUCUAGGUGGUCAGGCCCCUUUAGUAGUCAAGGGACAGAGACUUUAUGCAGUGAGGAAAACAGCACUGUUGAACAAACUGAUGAUAAACACCAUAGCUCCAUGGGGGCUGUAGGGACUUCCUUACAAGAUGUCACAAAUCAAAUGGAUAAGGUAUCUAAAGUCAAUAUUGGUGCUAAACAUGACAUCAUUACAUAUGCUGAACAGGAAUGGAAAGGGACAACAAAAACAGCUGAUGCAAUGAAAAAGGGCUAUCAUGCAAUAGUUGAACAGCUUGGUUUUAAACACAUGCGGUGUGUGCGUGGAGAUAAUUACUGCGCAAUACGUGCUGCUCUCUACCAAGCUAUUAUCCAUAAAGUCCCCAUCUUAGAACAUUUUGGGAAGCUAAAAUCUCUUUCCAAGGCACUAGAAAAUGCUGCUGUAGAGACACACCCCUACAUUGCAAAGAAGUGGACUUUCGCACACCGUCUUCCACAUGUUAAAAACCAGGAUGACUUCUUGCCUACUAUGCACACUUGUGUACAGACAUUUUUUAAACAGGUGGAAGAAUCACAAAAUGGUGCCACAGAACUAGAAAGAGAGUCAAAACUUUUAAAAAUUCUCAACGAUGACGAAGAUUGCUUCUCUGACAUUUGUAUGAUGGAAGCCGUGAAGAUUCUCAUGAUGUUGAAGGCCAUUCAGCUGUAUGGAGACUAUCAGAAUGGGGGAGGAGUGCCCACAUUUGUGUGGCUAAUGUUUGCCAGGGAUACCUCAGAGACUCCAGAGGCAUUUUUGACCAACCAUUUAAACUGUGUUGGUGACAGUGCUGGAUUGGAGCAGAUUGAAAUGUUUCUCCUAGCCCACACCUUGGGUGUAACCAUUCAGGUAGCAAGGCCUUCCAAACAUGGUGCUGAAGAUUUCAUAACUUAUUACCCAGAUGACAUGAGGGAUCAGUUCCCCACUGUGACUGUGAUAGCAGAGGAUGACAGACACUACAAUGUGGCAUUAUCAUAGUCUUUAUGUUGCCAAAAAAAGUGUUACUUUAUGAGAAAAAAUUUAAAUGGAGUGCAGAAGUAUCUGCACAUCACAGAACUGCCAAGCAUUAGGUGUUCACAUCUUAUAGGUUACAAUUUCUCAGUUAAUUUGUUUCUUGCAUGAGUUUCUGCAUAUGAUUGUCCUUUGUCAGUGGUAUUUGAGAUAAAUGCCCCCAACUUUUUGUUAUACUUCAGAUUAGACUUCAGCAGGACUGAAGUGUUAGUUUUAAUAAUUUGAUUUUGUUAAGAUUACAUUCCAUUCCUUUUUGGUGCUCUAUUUAUUUUGUACAGAAUUUGCUCAAUUGUCAUCUUUUUGUCAGAAUCUGAAAAAAAGCUAAGCAGUUUUGUGUUUUGUGCUUUUUUGUCGCAAAGAGACAGCACUUACUCUUUGACUUGUGCUGUUACAGUUAAGAUUAUUAAAAGAUGAUCAAUAAUUGUCAAAUGACAAAUUAUCUUUAAGUGCAGUAUUUCACACCAGGUAACAUUCACUGGAAAUUAUAUGUAGGUCUAGACCAAAAAACUAUUAAAAUUUACAAGUGAAAGAUUUGUACCUGUUAUGAGAUAGUUGAUGAAAAGAAAUAUAAUGUGGUGUUCUUACCUUUACCAAAAUAAAAUAUAAGUAAAAGGCAUAACUUUGUUUAUUCUUGUAAAUUUAAAGCAGUCUGAGAAACUAGGGAUGAAGAGAGAUUUACUUUUUACAACUUUAAUUCUGAACGUCAUCAAAAGAGUUGAAUGAGAUUUGGAGAAAAGAGAAAAAAAUUUUGAUGAAUGUAAAUUUUAAAUUUACAAAUUAAUUUCUAAAAACUGUAGAGAAGUCAGAAUUGUAGUGCACUUAUUAUUUUUUUAUUUCUUCCUAGUACUCUAGUAUGCGAGCUUUUGUAAAUAUCUUUGUUUUAAAAAUAAAGAAUUUAUAAAA